CAGACAAACAACACGUUAUAGCGUUUUUUUUUUAAUUCAAAUUUCACAUAUAAUUGGCUAUAUUCAAUUCUAACAUUAGUUUGAAUACCUUGAGUAUAUCUUUUGAUCAGUGUACUUCACUCGCCAUAAAUACUAUUUACUGUCUGUGUUUAUUUGCUUGUUGACUUUUUAAGUAACCAACAACUUAUUAAAUUAGUAUCUACCUAUUCAAAAUUUCAACGCUAUUUGGUAGAAAUGUCACUAGAGCAAACUAAUCUAUAGUCCACGCGCUUUGGUGUGGUAUGGAAGCAAUAAAAGUAGGACGUUCGAUGAGUGCAAAGAGAGGAAUAGUUAACAAUCCAUACCGGCCAGUAAGAAUAAUGCUAUAAAUUAGAGAUGCACCGAAUAAGUACUAAUUUUGCCGAGGGUUAUUCGAGUGAUGAACGUUUUCAAUAUUCCGUUGACACCGAAAAGUUUAAUGACGACAUUAACGUGGUAGAUAGUUUUGGAUCAUGUCCCGACGGAAAUAUUAUAACUGUUGGAUUUGGAGGUCAACUUGGCAACAGGAUAUGGGAGUACAUGUCUCUCUAUGCGGCAUAUCAACUUUACAAAGACGAGUGUCGUUUUUACCCUUACGUUCCUAUGGAAAUCACGAAAGACAUGGAGGUUGUUUUUCAAAAACUUUGGAUUCCAAUUCUCCAAGAUCUUCCGGAAGUGUGCAUCCAACAGAGAGAGAAGAUAGUCAUAGGAGGUCACGAUGACAUCCCGGUAAAAGAAUUACAGGGAAAGAAUGCUGUCCUCGAACUUCCAAAAUAUUCAGCAAGAUACGAAUUUGUUUCAGAUUACGGAUUUGACAACAUUAGAAGGGAACUAAGGUUCAAACCUGAAUAUGUAAAUGAAGUCUAUACCAAUUUGAAGUCAUUAAAAAGCACUUACUACAAAGAAAACGAUGACGUCGUUUUUGUUGGAAUGCACUACAGAGGCACAGAUUACGUACCUCACAUAAGAAAAUACCUUCACGAAAAAUUUGAGGGACCACCAACUUACGAGUAUUACAACAAGGCGAUGUCGUUUUUCCAGGAAAAAUACGAGAAAGUAAUUUUCAUAUUAGUUACGAUUGAUACAAAUUGGAUCGACCAAAAUAAAGCAGGUUUUAAGAAAGAUGCGAAUCUUGCAAUAAAUCCGUUCGAGUCUGAAAAACUAAAGGACCUGGCCCUACUUUCUCAUUGCAAUCACUCCAUUAUUUCGUACGGAUCGUUCUCUUCAACUGCGGCUUUGUUUGCUGGAGGUACGACAUUUGUAUACGAUCUGCAAAUACCGUUGAACGUUAAGGGACCCAUACUUGCAAUGGGACUUGCAUCCAGGCUGCCUAAUUGGCAUGUUCUUAAGUAAAAAAUCGUAUAAUAGUUUAGCUAAUUUGGAGUGAGACAUAGCAGAAGGAGAUUGGUUUCAUGCGCAUUCGCAGGCACGGCUCAGAUUGUACAUUACGAAAACAUUUACUCACAUCUGUUAAACAUGGGUUUCGAUAUUCAACCGGAGAUGGACUGUGACAAUUGCGGUGAUAGUUUUUAGGUGGUAAAAAAUGGUAGAAAAAAUACACGAAAGAAGUUUUCUCACUGCGUAAUCAAAGACGAAGGAUCGUGAAAUUCUGAAUUUGUAACAUUGGACUCAACAUAAUUGAGAAAGAAUUUCGGCAGUUAGAGCUUUUUAUGUUAUUUUGGAAUGGAUACUGAUUGCGCUCCUUCGGACAAAGCUGGAGUUAAACGCUAUAAUCGUAAACGCAAUGAAGGAGUAACCCCAUGCUGGAUGCUGUCUUCUCCACUCUCGAGAUCGCGGCCCUGAGUGCCAUUACGAUCGUCCGCGAAGGCCAAAGAGGAGAUCUGUUGUCCUUCGAGGAAGAACCCGACGUCAGUUGGCAGGGAAGAGGUGAUAUGAUCCAUCGCCACGUUAAAAAGCAGGGGAAUUAAGGAAUCUCCCUGGGGGAGAGGUGGUUACAUUGCUGUACAGGUCCCUGACGUAUCUGACGAACCCAUCAGGUAGACGCAGCGUACAGGAACUUCUGUACCUACGCUGAAACAAGAUCCAGACUGCCAUCUCACGACAGUAUGCGUUGUCUGUGAACUUUGACAAUAUUUUAGAAUUUUGGAUUCUAGUCCUCUCUUUUUUGUUCUUCCAUGUCAUUCAACUAAUUUGGUGCAAGAAGUAUUAACUUCAGCCAUAUGCAAUGACCCACACAUCACACACACACAAACAUAGUUAUUAUUAACCGUCUUCUGUUAAUUUAACGUUUUGUACUUGUAACUGUUUCAUUAGAUAAGUAUAGUUGUUUAAUUAAAAAUGUUAUUCUUCAGUUUGCGGUAUCCAGUAAACUAGUACUUUACAUCAAUAUAUUAUAGUAACAAUAACAUUAUGAGAUUGCGUGUUGACUGUUCAUUCAACAACAUAUCAUCUACAAAUCGGCUCAUCGACAUGUUACUAACUUCACACGUUCCUUUGCGGAAUGAUUCGUGAAGACUCCGUUGACGAUGUAAACACAAUCUCUUAAUACACAAAAAAUAAAAAAACUUGCUUUUUUAUGUUUCACUUUAGUAAAUUUUAACUCUACAAUUGUUUCGACUUAUGAGACCUUUGUUAACAGUAAACUAUUUGCAAUCUCUUAAUAAUUUUACUGUCUAAAGUUUUUGUUUAAAUUAUUCUAUUCAUUACUGUACUUUAAGGUAGUUAUGUAUACUUCGUUUAGUUUCUCUAGCGAUGUGACCUUCAGUUUGACCGGCGCAAAGUAGAAAAGAAGAGCACUAGG